AUGUAGGUAUCGGGCAUUAUGUGGCCGUGGGAUCUCCCCUAUACAGAUAAUAUGUGAUUUGUAGCAAGUAUUGGAUAUGUCAUGUAUAGAAAGAAGUCCAACUCAUUUCACGGGCUCAAGCCUGCCAAGAACAUCGUGGACAGGAAGUUCAGACUUCUUAUGAACACCAUGUCGUUAACACCUGCUCAGAUACAAGGCAUGGAGACCAUGAACUCGGAUGAUAAAUGGAAUAUGAUUUGCGAGCAGCCAACGACACCCGCCCUCCAUGGCCCCCAGUUUUACAUCAACCAGCUGCGAGCUCAUAUGAACCCCAAUGUCCACAGCUUAAAGAAGGUUCCUAAGAAACUUGUGAAGGACCUGCUGCCUACAAGGGUACUCCUAGGAGAUCUGAAGGAGGACCUAAGGGCAUACAAUACAGAGUUCAUGAGUGAGUUUAUUUCCGAUCCAAUGAAUGGACCAGAGGUUCUGGCCCGUUUCGUUCGAGAUACCCAGAAUCUGCUGAUUGAGCAGAACAAACUCGCCAACACGACGUCUGCAGAGAAACAAGCCACACUCAAGAAACACAAAUACUUCGAGACCGUGAAGAGGGAACAGGUAGAUGAGUGUGACGCCUUAUAUUGCCUGAAAUGUAUAGCAUCAAAUGAGAAAGGGAGGCAUGUGAUAACCACAGGGCCUGAUAUACUGGAGACAGUGGCAUUUUGUAUCAUCAGUAGAUCCCUAGCGUCCAGAUUGAACUCAUUUAAGGUUCUGAAUCUUGCCUGUGGGGCUCGCAACGGUCAUGAGAGAGUCCUCGAUGUCUUCAAUUUCCUCCGAGUCAAGAUAAAAGAGAAGGUUCGAUUCCAUGCAGUGUCGCAGAUGUUAGCUGUGGAGCGGUCAAGAACUGACCUCAUGGUGGAGUGUUUGAGAUUCAUCAACACGUUGCUAAACACAACACGUAAUCUCAACAGGCGAGUCUACUUGCAGUAUGAACUGGAACUUGCUGAGUUUGAUGCCAUCGAAUUCGAAAAGUCUUACCAUGGCAACAUGCCAGAGCCAAUCAAAGCUGAGAUUGAUGAGUGGCACAAUCACUUCAUCAGCAUACAAGGAUUGCAAGAUGACUUGGCGGGAAUACAAGAAAGAAAUGACCUGCUCAGACAGGAGGUCGACAUCCAGCAAGACAAAAUUAGGGCGUAUGAAGGCAGCACAUCUGAACUACAGAGAAAAGUACAAGAGCUUGACGGAAGGACCGAGGAAUACAGAGAUAGAGUGGUAGAGCUGCAAGACACACUGGAACAUGUCACGAAAGUGUACAAGCAGCAGACAGGAAAGGACUUAGAGACCGAGGUCAAAUCCUUCCAGCUACUGAUGAAGCCCCUGGAUCAGUCCGAGCCACCGAGCAGUCAAGACUCUUCCGAGGCACCAAGCACGGGUACCGCUACCCCAGCCCUGACCGGGGCCGAGGCGAAUGGAGUGCCACGGUCACCCGUCUUUUCACCGAAGCAAGUGACGACGGCACAAACCACUAUGAAAGUAUCAGAUGGUUCACCAAGCAGACCCCGUGCAGGUUCUUCAGUACCGGACAAAGUACCCCCUCCACCCUUGGCCAUCAUUAAUCCAAUCAUAGACCCGGUUAGUUCCAUCCCAGCAGCUCCUGGUCUACCCACCCCACCGCCAGCACCGCCAAUGUUUGGACGAACAGAAUCUAGAAGGAAAAAGAGAAUAAUUUCCAACGCGCCAUUACCGAUGCUAAAUUGGGUCACGCUGCAUCCUAUCACCAACACUAUAUUCAAGCACAUCGACGAUGAAAGAGUAUUGACAGAACUAGACUUCAGCGACUUUGAGCAUAACUUCCGCCUUCGACAAAUCAAGCUUAACACUGAAGCCAUGGACAGAGUUAGACGGCUGCAGGAGAGACUAGCUGAGAAGAUCACGGUCAUUGAGACAAAUCGAGCAAGGAAUUUAGUUAUUACGAAGCGACGAAUCGGUUUGUCAACAAAACAGGUGAAGGAGGGCAUCGACAAGUGUGACAUCAGCCUGGUACCCGGCGAGUUCGCUGAGCUCCUUCUCAAGUUCCUCCCUUCUAAAGAAGAGUUAAAGUCACUUGCCAAACACGCUGACGACUACGAUGGAAUGGGGGAAGCGGAGCAGUUCAUGUUUCAGAUGGCUCGAGUUGACCGGUACGAGUCUAAGCUGCGUCUAAUGGCCUUCAUGGGAAUCUACAAUGAGCUCAUUGUUUCACUCCAACCGGAUAUGGCCGCCAUUGUUACUGCAGCUGAAAGCAUCGUCAAAAGCAAGAAGCUUAAGAAGUUAUUUGAGAUCAUAUUGGCUUUUGGUAACUACAUGAACAGCAGUCGUAGAGGUACAGCCAGUGGUUUUAAACUGGCCACAUUAGACAGAUUAACAUUUGUGAAGGCGGCAGACCGCUCCCAUAACUUCCUCAACUAUCUUGCCGAGACGAUCCGAAGAUGCUAUCCGGAUAUCCACAACUGGUAUGACGAUCUUGCUCUUGAGAAUGUCAAAACAUCAUCUUUGGAAUCGUUGACGAUGGACAUCCAUGGCUUACGGAAAGGCUUAGAUCUUGCCAAAUCAGAAAGAGACCGACAGCAAAACAACUCCAUCAUUGAAGAAUUUUACAAGAAUGCUUUCGACACAGUGUACGACCUCUCGGAGCGGUUUAAGAUCAUGGAAGAUGCUUAUAGGCAUCUGUGUACAUCGUUUGGCGUAAAACACAAGGAAAUGGAACCAAGCGAUUUCUUUAAGAAUUUCAUCCAGUUCAGUAUUGAAUACAAGAAAGCAGCCAAGGAGAACUUGGAGCGGCCAAUCAAGGCCAAUCCUGCCAGGAAGCAGACGAUCAACAGCUUAGCUUCCCGCCAAAUAUCAGCCGAGGAGGCCCAACAGCCGAGCAAGAAAGCUUCCAAAUCAAAGCUGUUCUUCAGCCGGUCCAGCAGCAAAACCAAAGGCGGUAAAACCGACCCUGCAAACGGCGAGGUCAUUCCGGGCGCGCGCGGUAAGCGCUCUCCAACGAAGCUGGCAUCCCCAGCCUCCAGUGACUCUGGGGUGUUUCUGAUCGCAACGCCCGAGCUGGAGGGUGAGUACGACACCAUACCGUACCAAUCCGGCUUCCAGAAUGGACACACAGCCCCGCAGAACAACAAUGACAAUAAGAAAAUCAAAAACAAUGGCAUAGUCCUCAUUGGAAACCGCCCGUAUAAUGUGAACAAUAACAGCAACCAUGACGUCAUUCAAGAGGAUGGUGGGUAUUUCAACUCCGAGCCGCUUCAGGACGAGUCGCCUUUGAAUGAACAUGCGACAAGUGUGACUGUCACAAACGGCGACAGUCCCAUUUAUGCCGAACCAAUAACCCAUACACGUCCAUAAAAGAGCUAUACAUACAAUAUAUAUAAUACCGCAAUGUAUCAAUGCCACGCACCACCUGUUAUUAAGUUAUUCGUGAACUUCAAUGUGGAUAUUGAUUGAGAGACCUUCCCGUUAUACAGCAAUGUAAAAAGUGCAGCAAGGAAAUUUCACAUAAUCUGCUUUAUUGUACGUCAUCAUAUACAAGAUGCCUGCUAGAUGUGUCUUUCCACUGUAAUAAGCACAAUUGGCCGCCACAACAGUGAUGAAAGCAUCACAUUAGCACAACAGAGUAACACUACAAAGUGUGGGCUGACGUGAGCGCCCUUGUGAUAUACAUCCGCCCAAGAUGUGUGCAUCGGCUGCAUACCAGUCCAGUUUUGCCAGUCAGCAUACAGCUAGUUGCCCUCCUUCCACGGCCGGCACUGAAGGACUUCCAGUAUCACUUUAGUAUAAUUGUGACGUCACAGGAAGAGUCCUGCAUGCUUCCCUCUUCCUCUGUCUCACAAGACAGCCGCCAUCUACUGUUUCUGGAUUAAUGUGUAUGGUAGACUGGUCCCCUGUCCUAGUAUCCGCAAGUGAAAAUUACAUAAAUUGGUUUUUAUGUAAACACAUGUACGUCGGAUUUAACUGCGAAUCUCAAGAAAGCCAUGUGAAAAGAAGCGAGUUCAAAGGUGAUUGUGCACAUAGGCUCAUCAGCAAAUAUCUGGCGUUAAAGGCCGUGGACACUAUUGGUAAUUACUCAAAAUAAAUAUCGCCAUAAAACCUUUCUUGACUACGAGUAA